AUGAAGGUUGAAAUUGAUUCCUUUUCAGGUAAUAAGAUCUACCCAGGUAGAGGUACUUUGUUCAUCCGUGGUGACUCAAAGAUCUUCAGAUUCCAAAACUCUAAGUCUGCUUCUUUGUUCCACCAAAGAAAGAACCCAAGAAGAGUCGCUUGGACUGUCUUGUACAGAAGACACCACAAGAAAGGUAUCACUGAAGAAGUCUCCAAGAAGAGAACCAGAAAGGCUGUUAAGGCUCAAAGACCAAUUGUCGGUGCUUCUCUAGAUUUGAUCAAGGAAAGAAGAUCUGUUAAGCCAGAAGUUAGAAAGGCUUCCAGAGAAGAAAAGAAGAAGGCUGACAAGGAAAAGAAGAAGACCGAAAAGGCUGCUAGAAAAGCUGAAAAGGCUAAGUUAGCUGCUGCCGGUGGUUCCAAGGUCUCCAAGCAACAAGCUAAGGGUGCUUUCCAAAAGGUUGCUGCUACCUCCCGUUAA